AUGGUGGAGAAACCAGUAAAGUUAUCCUCAAAAGACACUAAAGCUUUGGCAUCUAGAAACCUAAAAGUCUGUGGCAAAAAAGGAGCUUUUCCUUCUCGACUCUCUGAUAGUGAUCUUGCAAAGUACUUAUCUGAUGCUGAGGUUGGUGGUUAUCUAAAUACUACAAAAGAGUUCCUUCUGAAUAAGAUAGCAUGGGAAAUGAUGAACCCUGACUACCAAAAGAAGAAACCCACCACAGUGAAAAAGAAAGAUCCUGUUAAUAAGACUGCUCCUAGUAAGAAAACUUCCGCAACCAGAACCGAAAGCAACGCAGAAAGUGAAAAUAAAAAGAGACCGAGUGCAGAUAUCAAUUACGAUAUCUUGGAUGAACUAUUUAAUGAUGAGAACUCUCCAAAGAGGUCUAAGUUAGAGAAAACAGUCGUUGAAAGCAGUGAAGAAUGCCUUCUGAAACCUCAGGGUUCUGAAGAAGAAGAAGAAGCAGACUGUAACGAGGGUUACAAUAAUGAAGAUGCUUAUGAGGGAGUCGAAGAAUUCGAUGGCGAGGCGGAUCUUGAAUACGAAGAUCAUGAUGAAGGAGAUUAUAAUGAAGUUAUAGAUUGGUGA